UAUAACCUUAGUUUACAAAAACAUGCAAUUUGGUUUUAGAGGAAACAUACCCUCAAUGCCCUCUUUUGUCUCCCUCUUUCCCCCAUCUCUUUGCUUUGCAAGAAAAAAAAAAUAUUUGGAACAUUUUCUCAAAAAGGGUACAAACAUAAAUAUUUUUUCCUUGGAAUUUUAGUUUAUGGUUAAGGAUUUCAAAUUCCUUAUAAGGGGUAGUAAAGUUGUUUGCUUGCUCUGUUUCUUGAACUACAAAUACUGGUUUGUAUCUCUUCUUUUUGAUCUUCAUAUAUGUUCAUUGUUAUAUCCAAGUACAUAUUCUUUUUGGGUAUUUUUAUUUAUAGUUAGUGGUUAACUUGGGGUUUCAAGAUUUUGAGAUCUGAAUGUGGGGUUAUGGAAUUUUGUGUGAAAAAGAUUAAUUUUUUUUGAAGGCUAAAGAUAGUAUUUUGUGGAGAAAAAGGGAUUUUUUUGGGGUUAAUAGCAUAGGGGAAGAGAAAGUUGCAAUCUUUAGCAUCUUGGUAUUUGUUAUUAUUAGCUAUAAAUGAAAAUAGAGAUGGGAUUAGGGAAUAUGUUGUGGAGUGAUGAGGAUAAAGCUAUGGUGGCAGCUGUGUUAGGGACAAAAGCUUUUGAUUACUUGUUGUCUAGUUCAGUUAGUGCUGAAUGUUCUUUAAUGACAAUAGGAAGUGAUGAGAAUUUGCAAAAUAUGUUAUCAGAUCUUGUAGAACGCUCGAAUGCGAGUAAUUUUAGUUGGAAUUACGCGAUUUUUUGGCAGAUUUCGCGGUCUAGUAAGUCGGGGGAAUUAGUGUUAGGAUGGGGAGAUGGUUGUUGUAGAGAACCUAAGGAAGGAGAGGAGUAUUCUGAAGUUAGUAGGAUUCUUAAUUUACGCCUCGAAAACGAGGCUCAACAAAGGAUGAGGAAGAGGGUUUUGCAGAAAUUGCAUAUGUUUUUUGGUGGAACAGAUGAAGAUAACUAUGCUUUUGGAUUGGAUAGGGUUACUGAUACUGAAAUGUUCUUUCUUGCUUCGAUGUACUUUUCGUUCCCUCGAGGGCAAGGUGGUCCGGGGAAGUGUUUUGGUUCUGGUAAGCACGUGUGGUUAUCCGAUGUUAUGAAGUCGUCUGUUGAUUAUUGUUCGAGAUCUUUUUUAAUGAAGUCUGCUGGUCUGCAAACAAUUGUUUUGAUUCCAACUGAUGUUGGGGUCGUGGAAUUGGGAUCAGUACGAGCUAUACCAGAAACUUUGGAGCUCGUACAGUCAGUAAAAUCUUGCUUCUCGUCGUUUCUGUCUCUUGUUAGGGCUAAGCAAAUGGCACCUGUAACGGCUGUAGCUGAGAACAAAGAUGGAAAUAAUUCGUCGUUUUCCAACUCUUUUGCUAGUGAGCAGUCAAACGGAAAUCCUAAGAUUUUUGGACAGAAUUUAAAUUCUGGUUGUACCCCGUUUAGGGAAAAACUUGCUGUUAGGAAAGCGGAGACGCACCAAAAUGGAAACAGGACUCCGUUGAUGAAUGCACGAAAUGGUGUACGCCCUCUAUCAUGGGCUUCAUUUGGUAAUGUGAAGCCAGGGAACUCGGUGGAGCUCUAUAAUAGUCCUCAGGCCCCACCAAACAACUUAAGAGAUUUUGUCAAUGGUGGAAUAAGUAACUUCCAGCAUCAAAAGCCUGGUGGUAGAAUGCAAAUAGAUUUCACUAGCUCAAGACCCGUCGUUUCUCCAGUGCACACUGUUGAAUCCUCCGAGCAUUCAGAUGUUGAAGUUUCAUGCAAGGAAAACCAAGCUGAUGAAAGAAGGCCUCGAAAGCGUGGACGAAAACCAGCCAAUGGAAGGGAAGAGCCUCUCAAUCACGUAGAAGCGGAGAGGCAACGGAGGGAAAAGCUGAACCAGCGGUUCUAUGCAUUAAGAGCUGUUGUUCCAAAUAUUUCCAAAAUGGACAAAGCUUCCCUUCUAGGAGAUGCCAUUGCUUAUAUCACCGAGAUGCAGAAGAAGGUUAGGGAUAUGGAAUAUGAGAGGGCAUCUGCUUCAGAAAGCCCAAAUUCAGAGACUCAAAACCGAGUAGCUGAUAUCAACAUUGAAGCUGUGAGUGAUGAAGUUAUUGUACGGGUUAAAUGCCCACUGGUAACGCAUCCGGUAUCAAGAGUCAUCGAAGCAUUCAAAGAGGCGCAAGUCAACGUUGUUGAGUCAAAACUUGCUGCGGGGAAUGAUACUGUGUAUCAUACAUUUGUGGUCAAGUCUAGUGGAUCCGAACAGCUUACGAAGGAAAGGUUAAUGGCUGUGUUUUCUGGUGAAUCAAACUCUCUACAGCCGUUUUCAUCAGUAGGAGCGUAAACUGUAGUUGAUAAUCCAUUUCUUUGUUUCUGCAAAGGUUUUAGUAUACAACAGUUCAGUCUAGGAAUAGAGAAAAAUAACUAGCUAUUGGCAAAGUAGCAGCAAUUUUUUUUCCUGUAUCAGUUUAUAGUAUAUACAUGUUUUGCCAUAAGAAAGCAAGAUGAAUCGAUUUGCAAGCUUAA